AUAAAAAAAAGGAAAAAAAGAAAGAAAGAAAGAGAGGAGGAUGUGGGAGAAGAAGGAAGAAGAUGGGUUUAGUGGAAAUCAUGUUGACCCAAAACAAACAGUAUCUGCUUCGACGUCACCUCUCACCCUUAUUCCCUUCGAUUCCCUCAUUUUCACUUUUCUUCUAUAUCUCUCUCUCUCUCUUUGCUUCCUUCCUUCCUCAUACACAGUUCUUCUCUGUUCGUCUCCCUCUUAUUCUCUAAUCUUUUUUUUGGUGAUGGAUUCUUGGAGCUACGGGAGAAGUGUGUUCUUGGGAAAUGGAACUCUCUUACCUUCUGAUUCUUUUGCUGAGAAUAGAAAUUUUGGACAGAGUCUCUCUAAUGGAUUGGAGAAUGAUCAUCAUCAUCAUGUGUUGAUUUCUGACUUGGCUGGUGAUUCCAAUGGAUUUAGUGCUGUUUCCAUUAGCAAAGUGGUUCCUUCCAAUUUGUUGCACGAGGAGGAAGAGGAGAAACAACAAUCUUCUUCUUCUUCAAAGCUCUCUAGUCAGGAAUUGUCUAGGAUAGAUUUCAAACUUAGGAGCUUUUUGGAUUUAGGAAACGAUGAUGAUACCUCCUCUAGAGGUUUUGCUCCUCGAGCUUCAAACCUGUGCUCUCAGAAGCCCUUGUGUCAAGUGUAUGGGUGUAAUUUGGAUCUGAGCUCUUCCAAAGAUUACCACAAAAGGCAUAGAGUUUGCGACACUCAUUCUAAAACUUCUGUGGUCAUAGUUAAUGGUCUUGAACAGAGGUUUUGUCAGCAGUGCAGCAGGUUUCAUUUCCUCUCAGAGUUUGAUGAUGGCAAAAGAAGUUGCAGAAGGCGAUUAGCCGGUCACAAUGAGCGACGAAGGAAGCCUGCAUUCUAUUAUUUACCGGGGAAGCGCCAUAAGCUUCUUCGCACCUCUCAAGGUGUGGUAGGCAACAAGUUUCUGGAGAAUUCAUCAGUCAAUGACUUCUCGUUGGUCUUGCCAGAAGAGUUUCCCGGUACUUUCUUAUACAGAGUAAUCGAUGAGCACGACCACCAUGCUAGUAGUAGACUCGUGAGUUUCAAAGAUGAACCUACUUGUUCCAUGUUUCCUGCGGUUGGGCAAAACAGCAGCAGGAUUUAUGAAUCUAAACCAGCGGUUCAUUCUCCGGAAGUAUCCUCUAUUUGGGACUUACAUGAGUCGGCGUCACGCUCUACUUGUGCUCUCUCUCUUCUGUCAGCUCAGUCCCAACAACAACACAUCCCUGAAACUCCAAACACAACUUUCUCAAUCACCCAACCAAAUCACUCACCAGUAGACUUUAAUCAGAUGGAACGGUUAUGGAUCGAUCCUGGCAAGACCAAUCCUGCUGGAUCUAGUUCAUGUACCGUAAAAGGAUCAUCCACUGUUGAUCUACUACAACUGUCAUCACAUCUGCAAAGAAUCGAACAACAGAGGAACUUUACUGAUGAUGUGAAGCAAGAAUAUAAUGAGCUUUAUUUCACUGGCUCCUAACAAAAAGGUUACACACAUUCUUAUUCCUUUGAAACCGGUUCGAGUUUCUUGAAACAGUUCUUGACAAGGACAAGUCUUACAUGGUUUGAUUAGUUUUUGUGAAUUUGGGGUUUGGUACGUAAUUAUUGGAUUUGGUGAGAUAAAUUAGGAUUAAAGGAAUGAAGAAUCAGAUCAUGUUACAAGUGUUAUUGUAACUUGUAACUUGUAACUGUCCUUGUUUAUUAUUCACCAGUCAUUCAAUAAUGUUCUGAAGAAAAUAGAUUCAGAUAUCUAUGCCUGUUUCUUUUUUCACAGUGUUUCAGUCUUUUUAUUUGUUCAGACAAUUUUGUAUAUAGAAUUGUAAUGAAUAUUCGCUGAGAAAAAGUGAGCUUUCACU